UUGAAUUUUGUUGUGACUGAUGUGUCUGGGCGAGGCUUUCUUCACUCAUUCGCUGUGUUUCUUCCUCUUGUCAUUGUUUGUGAGGGAAAUGUUUUAGAAAUACUAUUUAUUUCAGUAUAUUUUAAAUUGUAUACAUGUUUUCCAUUAAAUAAAAUGAUUUAUUAUUUGUUACUCUUGGCAGUAACGAGUUUUGUGGAAACUCAGGUGUUGGAGCAGAAUCCUUUUAACCCGAAUUACCAACAGCAACCAUUUUUAAGUGAUCCUAAUAAAAACGAAUCCUCCUACCGACCCAACAAUCAAAUACCCUACGGUAGUUUUGCUGUUAACGGGAAUGAUUAUAAUAAAGCACAAAGUUCUUUUUAUCAGUCAGGAGAUGAUUUUAACUCCGACGAUUUUGAUAAUAAUGAAGUAGAUUCGCACGAAUUGAGCUAUGCUGGAAUUGAUUUUGAAGAGAGACACAGAUGUCCACCGAACUGGAUUCGGUACCGGGAAUCCUGUUAUCGCUUCACGAAGUCCCCAAACCGCCCAAGAAAUGAGGCUCGUAAAAUCUGUCAGGCUUAUGAAGCAGAUUUAGCAGCUAUAAGAAGUCCUGAAGAACAUGGUUUCAUAAUUACCAACCUUAUGAAGUUAGAUCCUCAAAAAGGUUCCUGGUAUGUUUCAGGGCAUCAACAGUCUCCAGGUUAUUGGGCUAAUGAUGCAGAUGGGUCACAACUUACAGGCCUGGAGAAUGCUUUCUUCGAUGAUCGUCAGUCGAUUUACAAUAGCUAUAAUAUUUUACCUAAAGACUACUUGGUGUAUAGGUUUUCACACCAAGAUGGAAGAUGGGGUUUGGCUGCAGUUGAAGGGACACAGUAUUACCAUUUUAUCUGCGAAGGCCAAAUACAGAGAUUACAUUAUCUUCUUGAAGAGAAGAGGUCAUUUACAUAUGGACUGGAGACAUAUGAUCCUGAGAGAAUACCAAGGGGGCCUUACUUCAUAAAAGAACCAGUUGACACCAUUUAUGAUACUCGGAGAAAUCAUUAUGUUCAAUUAACUUGUAUUUCUGGUGGAUAUCCUGCCCCUGUAUAUAAGUGGUAUAGGGAAGACUAUGAAGUAGAUAAUGCAGUGUUUACUGAAAUUGACCCCUUGGCAGAUCCCAGAUUUGUUAUCAGUGGUGGGACAUUAAUGAUCUACAAUCCUGAUGCUGAUAAAGACAAUGCCAAGCAUCACUGUACUGCUACAAACAAAUAUGGAACAAUUAGAUCAGGAUCAGUUAGAUUGUCAUUUGGUUUUAUUAGGGAAUUCAAUCAGAAACGAUCUGUUGAGACAGGGAAUCAAUACUGGGGAAAAGUUAUGUAUUGUGAUCCUCCUUCCUAUUAUCCAUCUGUUAACUUUUUGUGGGCUCGUACUUCUUUCCCAAAUCUAGUAGAAGAGGAUAAGAGAGUUUUUGUUUCAAAUGAUGGUGGCUUAUAUUUCUCCGCACUGGAAACAAUUGAUAGAGGAAAUUACAGUUGUAAUGUAAUGAGUAAGUUUUCAGAUGCGGGCCGAAAUGGUCCACUCUUUCCACUUUUUGUUUAUCCUCAUUCUGAUUACCAGCAGUUAAAAUUUCCCAAUAACUUUCCCAAAGUUUUCCCUGAAGCUCCUGUAGUGGGCCAGGAAGUGAGAUUAGAAUGUAUAUCUUUUGGUUACCCUGUACCAUCAUACAACUGGACUAGAAGAAAUGGUAAUAUUCCAAGAAAGGCCCAAAUGAGCAAUUAUGAUCGUGUUAUAACUAUACCAAACGUUGGUGUAGAAGAUGAAGGUGAAUAUAUUUGUGAUGUUAGGAAUGACAGGGCCCGAAUAUCCAAUAGUGUAUUUUUGAAAGUAAUGGCUUAUCCUAAUUUCACUAUUCCACUAUCAGAUAAACAUGUUGAUAAUAGAGGAGAAUUACAUUGGAAUUGUGAAGCUUUUGGCAUUCCUGAUGUCAAUUAUACUUGGUGGAAAAAUGGUAACAAGUUGUCUAUGGCGACAUUAGAACCAGAAGAAAGAGACCGAUAUCUGAUACAAGAUAAUGUCCUCAUUAUAAAACAUUUAGACCCACAAAGAGAUCCUGGUAUGUACCAAUGUGAAGCCAGCAAUCAGUUACGAGCAAGCUUUUCAUCAGCUCAAUUGCGUGUCCUGUCACUGAAGCCUUCGUUCAAAAAGCAUCCUUUAGAAUCUGAAACAUACGGAUCUGAAGGUGGUAAUGUAACACUAAGAUGCAAUCCUGAAGCAGCACCUAAACCAACAUUUACAUGGAAGAAAGAUAAUAUAAUUAUUGGAGCUGGGGGUAAGAGGUUUAUUACUGAAAGUGGUAAUCUCAUAAUACGGCAGCUAUCUAGAGAUGAUGAAGGAGUUUAUACAUGUGUUGCCAAGAAUCAGUAUGGAACUGAUGAAAGUCGAGGCCGUCUUAUAGUAUUGCGAACACCACGCUUUAUAGAGCGCCUUCCAUCGCGCCUUACUACUCAAGUCAAUGAUGUAGUAUUUUUGCAUUGUAAUGCUGAAAUAGAUCCCAUUUUAGAUACGGCAUAUCUUUGGAAUCACAAUGGAAUAAGAAUAAGAGACGCCUCAGAUUAUUAUGCUGAUAAAAGAAUCAAGAUAGAUGGGGGAGAACUUACAAUUUUAAAUGUAAGCCUAUCUGAUGUUGGAGAUUAUGAAUGUGUUGUGAAAUCAGCAAUUGGACGUAUUUCUUCACACACUCAGUUACGCAUUGAAGGUCCUCCAGGUCCUCCAGGAGGAUUGCAAGUCCUUAAUAUACAACGAUCGUCUGUGACUCUCGAGUGGACUGAUAGUAAUUCUAAUGGGCGUCCUAUCACUGGAUAUGUUAUAACGGGUCGUACAAACUGGAACUCAACUUGGAUAAUCAUUAGUGAAAAUGUGCCUAAUGUUGUUGAAAUUGAUAGGUAUAAUGGACGUAAACGUGCCUCAGUCACUGCUAAUCUCCAUCCAUGGUCAGUCUACGAAUUUAGAGUCCAAGCUGUUAAUGCUUUAGGUAUUGGUACACCUUCAGCUCCAAGCCCACAAUUCUCAACUUUACCAGACAAACCGCAUGAAGCACCUAAAAAUAUUGGCGGUGGUGGAGGAAAGAUUGGCGAUCUUACUAUCAGUUGGACGCCAUUGCCUCCUUCACUUCAAAAUGGACCUGGAGUUUACUAUAAAAUAUUUUGGCGACGCAAUGGCACCGAGGUUGAAUUCCAAUCACUUGUCCUUAAAGAGUAUGGAAACGUUGGAAUGCACGUUGUACAUAUAUCAUUAAGCUACUUUUUUACUCCUUAUAAUGUCAAAGUGCAAGCAUUCAAUGACUUGGGUGCGGGCCCAGAGAGCGAGGUAGUGACUAUAUACUCCGCCGAAGAUAUGCCGCAGGUUGCACCGCAGCAAGUUUCUGCGCGAUCAUUCAAUUCUACAUCCUUGAAUGUGACUUGGAAUCCGAUAGAUCAAUCACGUGAAAGACUUCGAGGCAAACUAAUUGGUCAUAGACUUAAGUAUUGGAAACAAGCUAACAAAGAAGAAGAAUGCAUAUAUUAUUUAUCGAGAACUACGAUAAAUUGGGCUUUGAUUGUGGGACUGCAACCAGACACAUAUUACUUUGUCAAGGUAAUGGCGUUCAAUUCCGCGGGCGAAGGUCCCGAGAGCGAGCGUUUCCUGGAGCGUACGUUCCGCAAAGCUCCCCAGAAACCGCCGGCCUCUGUCAAUGUGUGGGCCGUCAACCCGUCCACUGUGCGCGUCGUCUGGCGCUACGUGCAGCCCACUGACGAAGAGGAACCUCUUAUUGGCUACAAGGUGCGUGUUUGGGAAAUCGACCAAGACAUGAGCACUGCCAACGAUACCAUAGUGCCAGUGGAACAUAAUCUGGAGGCGUACGUCACUAACUUGACUCCAGGCAAGUCUUACAACCUCCGUGUGCUCGCUUAUUCGAACGGUGGGGACGGGCGGAUGUCCUCACCCGCUAUCACAUUCCAGAUGGGUGAUUACCAUAGUGACUCCUAUGGGUAUUACGUCAGAGGUACCGCUAGCAAUACUCAUACUUUAACCAUAGAAUCUCUGAUAUUUUUAGUGAUCGCUGUUUAUUUGCAAUUGUCGUGAUAUUAACCAGACACAAACAUAUCUUUAAAGACAGCUUUUUUAUAUUCCAUAAUUAAUUAUGAUAUUAUUUACAGUGUUUUACACUUCUUAUUGUUAUCAUGAUAUGAAUGCAUUUUCUACGUCUAGGUUGUGAUUAUUAUCCAGCCGCGUUUAUAUUUUAAACUAUGUCUUUCUUUUAUACUUUUUACUAUAUAUUUCAGUAUCAAUAUGUUGAAGAUAAUUAUAUCUUUUAUUUUGUGUAAUUUAUUACAAGUAAGUUGAUCUUUAGCUUUUAAAUAUAGCUUUAAUCACUGUUUUACUUUAAGAUGUCGCGGAUCUGUUUCAAUAUUGUAUAUUAUCUUAUUAUUUAGCAUUAUUAUGUCGCGCAGUGUUGUGCAACUGCAGUGUCUGUACGUUCUUACAGCAAAGGUACUAUUCUUAGAAGAAAGCAAUUUCUACGCCUUUGAUUGCUUAAUUGUGUCAAUUUUCUACCCAUGUUAAGGAGUAUCAACUUUAAUAUUGGCGACCUCCGUAGCCGAGUGGUUUGUACGCCGGGUUUCAAGGUGUCGCCGUUGUUCCCGGGUUUGAAUUCCGGUGGGGGCAGAUGUAUGUGUGAUGAAAACGAGCAUUUGUACUCCAGUAAUAGUUGUUUUGUAUGUAUUUCUAUAUAAAAAAUUGUUCAAAAGACUUACCAACUUGGGGUUAAUCCGUUUAUCUAAUUUUGGCACACAGCUGCAAUCAAAGACAAUAUUGGAACAGGCAAAUUAUUUUUAUACUAAAUUAAUAUUAAUCUACCUUUGUCAUUACCUGACAAUAAAAUUUUAAAUACAUUAAGGUAUUGCAAUAUUAGCUCUUUAAGUUUGUUACAAGUUAGAUUAGUUAGUUACCACGUUUUCGACGAAACAUUACGAUUUGCCCGGACUACUAUACAACUUGUCGGUAUACUCUAAUUGGCAAACACGCUUUUGCGAAAAAAAAGGUAAACUACUUAUACAAUGAACAAACUUAAAUAGAGAGUAUUGUAAUUUGUUAUAAAUCACUAGUGUUAAUUAUUGACGCCAAUUUCAAAAGAACACGCUAUCCCUUGAAAAUAAUCAUGAUAUUGAUACCCAAUAAACAUUUCAAUUACAUGGAAAUGGAAAAAAAACAGUGAACCGACAAAUAUGGAAUAUGUAUCUUUCACGUAAUUACAUGUUAAUUAAAUAGUUAUGCCUGAGUGAAGAAGGGUUCAACGAUUAACACUCGCGAAUUUAAUAUUUACGUCCAGGUUUUAGAAUCUCGUAGUUAUUAAGAGUAUUGCAAUGAAUUGACGUAAGUACUUUUAUUGUGGAGUAUACAUACCACUAAUCCGAGCCAUUUUCAUGUUCAUGUUCUAUUUUAAGGUAGUAUAAGAACUGAGACAUUGUGGGCAUGUUCAAUAAAUAUUAACAGAAAUAAGUGUAAUAU